CUUCAACUCCCAGACGCAGUCCAGUUCGCAUCCUAGCCAUCCACACCAAAUCCGACGGACGACAGACAACUCGACCACCGGCACAAUGCUUCGCCAAAUAAAACCCCGUAAUGCGCGCUCCAAGCGUGCCCUCGAGAAACGCGAGCCCAAGGCCCAAGAAAACCCCAAGACGGCGCUCUUCCUCCGUGGCACAUCGUGCUCGCAAGUGACGCAAGAUGCCCUCAACGAGCUCUACCAGAUGCGCCAGCCGCUCGCCAAACGCUUUGUGAAGAAGAAUGAUGUCCACCCCUUCGACAACACCGACUCGCUCGAAUUCUUCUCGGAAAAGAACGACACCUCUAUCAUCGUCUUUGGACACACCUCCAAGAAGCGCCCCAACGCCCUUACCAUGAUCCGCACCUUCGGCCAUAAGGUCCUUGAUAUGCUUGAGCUCUACCUCGACCCAGAGACCUUCCGUACUCUCGCUCAGUUCAAGGGCAAGAAGGUGCCCAUUGGUCUUAAACCCAUGCUCGUCUUCGCCGGCACCGCCUGGGACAGCCCUAUCGCCAACGAGUACACCCACGCCCGCAGCUUCUUCACCGAUUUCUUCCGUGGCGAGCAGACCGACAAGAUCGACGUCGAGGGUCUGCAGUGGAUCGUCUCCAUCACCGCAGAUGAGCCCACGGCCGCUGGCGAGGGUGACGUUGGCGGCGCCAAGCCCGCUAUCCGCCUCCGCGCUUACACCAUCAGCACCAAGCGCAGCGGCUCCAAGGUGCCCCGUGUCGAGGUCAACGAGAUCGGCCCCCGGAUGGACUUCCGCGUCGGCCGUAUGCGUGAGCCCGAAGAAGCCAUGCUGAAGGAGGCCAUGAAGAAGCCGCGCGGUACCGAAGAGCGUACCAAAAAGAACAUCACGACAGACGGCAUGGGUGACAAGAUGGGUCGCGUGCACGUUGGUCGCCAGGACCUCGGUGACCUGCAGACGCGCAAGAUGAAGGGUCUGAAACGCAGCAGAGACGUCGCGAGCGAGGACGAAGGGGAGAAGGGCGACGCGGAAGAGAAGCCCAAGAAGGGCCGCAAGGAAUAAAUCACAGGAAAGGUGGGAGCUUAGUCUCAAUUGACGGUUGGUCGUGUCUGAAUGUGUGCAGUGGGCUUUGAUGUACAUAUCCGAGUGGGAGGAGACGCAGCGGAGAACCACUCAUCGGCGUUCUUGUUUUUUGGUCAGGAGGCAUCCCCACGGUCGGAGUUUUGAGCUUCUUUCAGCAGAUGGUCGGCAGAUUACAAAAGCAGGAACAAAGUCAAAAGCAUUGAAAGACCUCGAUUGUUCCAC